AUAUUCUAAGCAGAGGUGAUCAACUCCCAGUACAGAAAAAGAGACGAGGAGAAAAGUCGCAAAUCCCGUUUACCAAGGCAGGCAUUUGAUCAAUAGAACCAACAUAAUGCAGACAAGACAUUUAUUGUCUUGGGUGAGUGUUUGGAGUGUUUUCUUGUUCAAUCUGGACUUGUGUAAAGCUAGCAUAUCAUGUGGUCGCACAGGUCCUGAUCCUGAAUGUCUGGACGUGUACACUCACACCCCUCGAAAUCUACCCAAAUGUUAUUGCACGGACCUCUGCGCUGAUAAGUUAUCCGACCUCGUCACGUCUUGUGCUUCAGGCCAACUUUUGGCCGAUGGUUGUGGAGCUUGCUUGAUCUGUGCCCGAGCCUUGGGUCAAUCUUGUGGAGGCUCAUUCAACGUGUUGGGCGUGUGUGCCGGGGGUUUGUCGUGCAUGGUCAAAUUCAACCCCAUUGGAGCCGACCCUACGGCUGAGGAACAUGCUAAGGUCGGGGUGUGCGUCCGGGACAACUUUCACGAGUGUCCCAAGUCCACUGAUAAGCCUCAAAAAGAGGGCGUGAGUUGCCGCCCUGGCCGGACCGGCAUCUUAUCCGAUGCUUUAUAUUGUCCCACACUCAGACAACCCACUCGCCAAGGUCGAUUGCCCACCCUUUUGGAGAUUCUUUUGGGGGCACGCAAUUGAAAUCAAUUUGAUGCAAAUCGAUGUUCGAUCCUUGUGCUCAUAAAGAACGUUUUACGCCGAAA